ACUUUGUAAGGAGACGGUCGUCUGUUUCCAACUCCUAGUUAGGCGUGCUGUAUGAGGGAAGUCCAUGCCCCACGGUCUUAAACCAAUGGUAGCAUGGACUGAGAACUCCUGGUUCGUUGAGACGAUGACUGUAGAAUUUUGAUCAUAUCCUGUCUUCUUUUCAAGUCUUUUGCUUCAGACUACUUGCAGAGUUUAUGCGGGUUGUUCAAAGUGCAAAGGAAACUUGGACAGGAGAGCGUGCACAAGACUAUACGCCGAUUUCCUUAGAUUCCCUGGUGGUCCAGACACCAGCCCUCGCCGUCUGCAGCCAUGACGGACCGCUUCGACUGUUUCUACUGCCGCGACGACCUGAACGGCAAGAAGUACAUCAAGAAGGAGGAGAAGCCCGUGUGCAUGCGCUGCUUCGAGAAGUUCUGCGCCAACAACUGCGCCGAAUGCCGCCGCCCCAUCGGAGCCGACGCCAAGGAGCUGCACCACAAGAGCCGCUACUGGCACGAGGCCUGCUUCCGCUGCACCAAGUGCUACAAGCCCCUGGCCAAGGAGGCCUUCAGCACCAAGGACGACCGCAUCCUGUGUGGGAAAUGCAGCUCCCGCGAGGAUGCUCCACGUUGCCACGGCUGCUACAAGGCCAUACUGGCAGGCUCGGAGAAUGUGGAGUACAAGGGCAACGCGUGGCACGAGGAGUGCUUCACCUGCUACCAGUGUAAAAAGCCCAUCCGCUCCCAGAGCUUCAUGACCAAGAACGACAACGUGUACUGCACCCACUGCCACGAGAGGAAGUUUGCCAAGCACUGCGCCAGCUGUAAGCAGCCCAUCACCACUGGAGGGGUGAACUACCAGGACCAGCCCUGGCAUUCAGACUGUUUUGUGUGCACCAAGUGCAAGAAGCCCCUGGCUGGGACCCGCUUCACCUCGCACGAGGAGAAGCCCUUCUGUGUGGACUGCUACAAGAGCACCGUGGCCAAGAAAUGCACAGGAUGCAACAAUCCUAUCACAGGGUUUGGUAAAGCCACGAACGUAGUGAACUACGAGGGCGGCUCCUGGCACGAGUACUGCUUCAACUGCAAGAAGUGCUCCAUCAAUCUGGCCGACAAGCGCUUCAUCGCCGAGGCCGGCUCCAUCUACUGCUCCGACUGCGCUAAGAAGCUGUGAGCUCAGGCCGAGUUGGACCAGAGGCCCCGACCUGCCUUACAGGACACGCUGCACUCAUGUACAGAAUAUCAGUGUCACGCUUAACACACGUCAGUGCUUAAGGGCCGUUCACACCAAGAACGAUAACUAGAAACAAAUAUCGUUCUCGUUAAUAUGAAUGAUAACGUUCACACAUAAACUAUAACGAUAACAUGAAGAAAGAUAUAGUUGGGGAUCACUUUCCGAGCGAUUUUGAGAACGCUAAAAAGCUAACAGCCAAUCAGAACUCAUAAUUUUUUAGCCAUCACAUUUAUUGACACGAGGAAAGACUUUUCUUAUCGUUGGCAAGUGUGGACACUUUUGUCGUUAUGGUUAUACAGUGCCUAUAGAAAGUCAUCAUACCCUUUUGAAAUA